AUGGGCCUCCGGUUCUGGGAGACGUCCAGCUCGACGCCGGUCCCGCCGCCGGGUGAGGCUGCCGGCGGCGCAUACGCAUCCGAUAGCUCAUCGGACAUUGUGUAUGACGGAGACCUUGCAUUUACGCGCGUAAAAGGAGGGAACGGCUCCGAGGCCACCUACCAAGAAGCUGCUGGUGCUCCGGUCGAGAGAGACUCCCCCCUAGGAUACCAUGUGGGAUGGGCGACCAUCAUCUUUCUCAAUGUUAAUCAGAUGAUUGGCACUGGAAUCUUCUCAACGCCUGGAAGCAUUCUCAAGGCCACUGGCUCCGUCGGGCUGGCCUUGAUAUACUGGACCAUUGGCGCCAUCAUGGCCUUUGCCGGCUUCGGAACCUACCUCGAACUGGCCAGCUAUUUCCCCAACCGCAGUGGAUCUGAAGUAGUUUACCUUGAGCAAGCAUAUCCCCGGCCGAAAUACUUCUUCCCCAUUGCGUUCGCCGUCCAGUCGGUCAUACUGUCCUUCAGCAGCAGCAACGCCAUCGUGCUGUCGCGAUAUGUCUGGCGGAUUGCCGGGACAACACCGUCUGAUUGGCAAAUGAAGGGGGUUGCCAUCGCGGCAUAUUCCCUCGCCGUCAUUUGUGUCGUUGCGCACAACAAGUAUUCCCUGUGGGCCGUCAAUAUACUGGGCAUCCUGAAGAUAAUCACCCUCGUCUUCAUUAGCAUCACCGGCCUGGUCGUCCUCGGCGGCAACGUGUCCCGAGUGCCGAACCCCGGCGCCAACUUUGACAACGCAUUCCAAGGUACCACCACCAACGGAAACGACUUGUCCACCGCGCUGGUCAGCAUCGUCUUCGCAUAUAGCGGCUACUCCAACGCCUUCAACGUGGUCAACGAAAUCAAGAACCCUAUCCCGUCCAUCAAAAAGCACGGCUUUGCCUCCGUCUUGAUUGUGGCGAUAUUGUAUAUACUCUGCAACGUUGCCUACUUUGCCGCCGUGGACAAGGCCCAAUUCGCAAAGUCCAAGGAAAUCGCGGCCGGUGUGUUUUUCACGACGGUUUUCGGCACGGGGGCUGCUGAAACGGCGCUCAAUGUGCUCGUUAUGCUGAGCGCCUUUGGCAACCUCUUGGCCGUCUUGGUUGGCCAGUCUCGCAUGAUCCGCGAAAUCGGUCGCCAGGGCGUGCUGCCAUUUACCAGCUUCUGGGUGGCGACGAAGCCUUUCGGGACACCAAUUGGCCCGUAUCUGCUCAAAUGGCUCAUGACGUUUGUCAUGAUUGUGGCGCCGCCCGCUGGCGACGCGUUUCAGUUUGUUGUCAGUUUGAAGACGUACCCCGAUGCCGUGUUUGGUUUGGCAAUGGCCCUGGGUGUCUUUGUUAUUCGACGGCGUCGAAGCCGCAACAAGCUGCCAAAAUCGCAGUUUCGAGUUUGGGACGUGCUCUUGGUGUUUUACAACUUGGUCCAGGCGUUCCUCCUGGUGAUGCCCUGGUGGCCGCCCAAGGGAGGACCGUAUGCUGGCGAUGUGAGCUUUUGGUACGCUACGUACUGCGUAGUCGGCAUUGGCGUCAUCAUUUUAUGUGGAUUGUACUAUGUGGCGUGGAUGUAUGUCAUCCCCAAGUGGAGGGGAUAUCGCGUUCGGGCCGAGGUUACGCAUGCUGAAGACGACAGCGUUCUCUCACAUAGACUUGUCAAAGUGCCGCUUGCCGAGAUAGGUCAAUGGGAUGCCGAGCAUGAUGAGUCUGGCAAGCUGAGGGCGAGGCGAGUCACCGUCAGAGAUGAAAAAAGUGAGGGAUUUGCUGUGUGA